AGUGCAUCAGUUCUAAUCAGACAUGGCGGAUUCGGUGGGCCAGGCUGCUGCCUGAGAUGGCAGUAGAGCCCGAGUGUGAUGACCAGGUCGAGGUGAGUGGCUGGCACAUGGCCAAGGCUGUGGUGGUCCGCCAGGGCCAGGGAGCCAUUAUGCAGCUGGCAGGUCGUCGGCAGAAGGCUUGGCUACCACAGGAGCAGAUUCGCCCACUCGUGGGUCCCAGUGAGCAAGAAAUUCUUGAAGCACUUGGCAAACCGGUGAAGCUCUGGCUAGACACGUCCUCGCUGCACACGGGCCUCCCAGUGGCCACCAUGUGGCGAAGGGACGAGACUGACGAGACCGAAAGCUCCGAGACGGAGGCCAAUGUCAGCCCGAAAGGAAGAACCAAAGAAGAGCGACUGAGCAAACUGCGACAGAACUACGAUCCCAAGCAGUGGAUCCAAGGUACUGUUGCUUCAGUCAAACCUUUCGGCAUUUUCGUUGACAUUUUCGAGGACAUUCAAGUCUUGGUCUAUAUCCACUCAAUCCCAGAGGAAAUGGUGGAACGGCUGCCGGGCGGUCCUCGCGCAGGGGACAAAGUGCCAGACGUGAAGAAGGGCGAUGAAGUGGAGCUUCGGGUCUGCGGAUAUCGCGGCAAAGAUCGGAAGGGCCAAGACCUGUUCGUAUGUUCCAUGCUGCCUCCCUCCAUGGAUCAGCCUGAGAAGGGCAAAGGCAAAGGUGGUAAAGGUGGCAAAGGCAAAGGCAAGCGCAAAGAUGGUGGCAAGGGGAAAGAAGCUUCUGGCUACUCAGUGUGGGUGCCUGACCGCUACCUGGAGAGCGAAACCACCCUGGCGCGGCAAGAGCAGUUCGAAGUGAACGCCUUGAACGCGCAGUUGGUGGAAGAGCAGUACGGGCAAGGAGACAGAAGGGCAGCUCUGGCGCGGAAGGGCUUCACAGUGGUGGAUUACGCCACUUCCUUGCAACUCUCGCAGGUCUUCAAAGCCAAGUCGGAGCCGAAAUCGGACGCAGCAGCGGCCAUGCCCAUCACCAUGCCGGUUUGGUUGACCUUUCAGGGACGCAGAAAGUUGAUCGGCAAGAUCCAAGCACUUGCAUCCAUGACCACCUCAGAGAAAGAGCGCUUGGCGGUGGACUUGGCGAUGACGGAGUAUAGUGAUGUCAUUCAGGCCGGAGCCAACGUUCAAAAGGUGGAUGUGAACUUCGAUCGGGUUCUCAUCCGACUCUUUGCAGAUGCGGGGAUCCAAUUUUGAGGCGGGAAGUGGCCAGCUGGCCCAGCCGGUGAUCUGAUACCACUGAGGUCAUGCCAAGUUGAUGGGUCCUUUUCCUCCAGUUUCAAGGCAUUGAUGAAUCCGCUAGACUGAUGAAUAUCCCUACUGACCACCCUGAUUCUUGGCUCGCCGCUGGCAAAGAUGCAAGCUGUACAUAGAGAAACUUAGGGUCCAAGACAUGCCAAAAGACUUCUGGCUGGCCCGGAGUGAGGAAGAUCCAAAAAGGCUUUGGGAGUUCGGAUAAUUUGGGAUGUCCAGCACCCGGCACAUACAAG